UUAAUUCUGACUGCUGUCAACUAUUGAACUUAUUCACAUUUCACGCGUUCAAAACUUAAUUCAUAAAUAUUAAUAAAGAACUACGUUUUGUAGCUAUUAAAAUGAUAAAUCUGUGAGUGGUAAUAAAUUCGUGUUUAAUCAAAAAUAAAACAAGUGAGCUUGGUUAAUUACCAAUCAUGGCAAGGUCGCCGCAAGAUGAUCCGAGGUUCAGCGACUCUGCAUGGAAAUAUCACGGUGACACCGGUGAAAAUCAUAGUUUACCAGAUAUAAACCACACUAUAUCACCUACUACAAACGUUCUAAAUGAUAGCCUAUACACCAGUCCCAAUUUUGGCCCCGAUGUGUACAAGAAUCAAUACAACGUGCAGGCGCCCGAUAUCGCGCCUAAUAAGGAGGAAAAUAUUCCUUUCAACACAAUGCCCAAUGUCAAUCGAUAUCCGAGACAGAAUUACGGCAAUGCAAUGCUUAAUUUAGGUAACGGACAAAUGGUCAGAGUAUUUUAUGAUGAAAACAAUCAACAACUAAUUUUUCCAAUGUCAGGCCAAUAUGAACUCUUCAGUAAUAAUCAAGGGCUUUGUGAUAUGCCAGUACAACCUACCCAACCCCCACACAUGUUUACACUUAAUCAAGAUUUCUCUAGGAGCCAUAAUGCUCAUGCACCAACAGCUACUAUACAAAAUACAGUUUAUAAUCAAGAUGUUAAUGCCGCAGCUAAUCAGCCCACUUCAAAUUUUUUAAAGGAAGUGUUAGGCAAUUGGGAACCAAAUUCCAGUGGAACAUAUUCUCCAUUUGGUCAAAAUUAUCCCUUAAAUCACCCUGAGCCACCAUUAACAAUGAUACCUAAUCCUCAGAUUUCUGAAUUAAAUGCUCAGCUAAAACAAGAUCAAUCUCCUAAGAGGAAUGAAAAUAGUCCUUUAGCUGAUACAAGUACCAAAAAACGCAUAGUAGCUGAAGUGAAACCUAUGCGCCCCAGUUAUUCUGAUGUUCUUAGUAAAAACACCAAGAACACAAACUCGGAAUUAAAUAAAACUAAACUGCAAAACAACAUAGAUACAAAACUGAAUAAUAAACAGCAGAAACUAGACAAACCUGGUGGAAAAAUACAAAAUAAUGAUAAAAACAGAGGUGAGAAGAAACAAACUAGCACAGUUUCUUCUGGAAGUGACUCUGGAGACAUCAAUACUGAUGAUAAUGAAAAAUGUCAGAAGCCUAAUAAAAAAUCCAAAAAUAGACGUAACAACAUGUCUCGCAAAUGGUCUUCUCUUGAUGAUGUAACAAAUGAAGAAGAACAUUCUCCUAAUCAAGAAAAUGAGAGUCAGUUUGUCUUCAUCAAAACUCAUGAAAAGCCAAAGAAAGAGAAAAAAAUUGAAAAGCCAAAAGCCUCUGAAACGGUUGAUGAUAUUAAGCAGGAUGAAGAAGAGUCACAGUUUGUGCUACAAGAUGGGCAAAGUGAUGGAAAAUCUAAAAAGAAGAGGGAACCCCGAGGUUACCACAAACCAAUCAAGCCUGUGAAGGACAAGAAGUCUCCAAUACAGACUAAAGUAAGACGUAAUAAGCCUUGGUACCUAGGGCUAGCUCAAAGCUACCUGGAACAUUGGGGAGAUGCAACAUGGAAAGCACUUGUCUGGUUGCUUUAUUUAUUAUCUGAUGUAUGUCAUAUGAGUCUUCACCUUUCAUUUGACUUGUGUACAUCAGUAUUUACGCAAUCGUAUGUUAGCUGUCAAGCAGUAUGGAGUCGCAGCAAGGAGUGGCUUUCAAAACUGCAGGACAAUAAGUAUCUCAUGUAUAUUGACAGAAAAUUUGGACAUACCCGAUUUGGUUUUUGGCGAAAACUGAAGUGGUUUAAAAAAGAGAGAGAAAUGGACAGCGACAAUGAAUCAAACAAACUGAACUCCAAUAUACCACUACCAUCGACUGGUGAAGAAGCUAUGAAGCGGCUUCUGGCUUGUCAAGGGAAAGAUCCAUAUAGCAUUUUAGGUGUUAGCGAGACCUGUACAGAUGAAGAGAUCAAACGUUAUUACCGUAGACAAGCAUUUCUCGUGCAUCCAGACAAGAACCAGCAACCAGGCGCCGAAGAGGCGUUCAAAAUAUUACAACAUGCCUUCGAUCUUAUAGGCGAACCGGAGCGUCGGGAAGAGUACGAGCGCAAGGCGCGUGAGUCCCGUCACGUGGAAGCGGCCUGGAGCGAGUUCAGCGAGCUGCUGGCACAGCUGCAUCGCAAAAUGGAGUUUGCCGCUAACACGAUACGAUGCACUAACUGCGGUCGUCGCCAUAAACGCGUAGCAACGGACCGACCCUGUUACGCGGCGCGAUACUGCUCUCAGUGCAAGAUUCGACACUCCGCUAAAGAAGGCGACAUCUGGGCAGAGUCGAGUAUGUGGGGCUUGCUGGUGAUGUACUACGCGUGUAUGGAUGGAGCUGUUUAUCAAAUCACGCAAUGGGCCACUUGCCAGAAAAAAAACCUAAAACAGUUGCGCGCUGAUUGUCACAUCGUACAGUAUCGUAUUGUACUUGGGAAUAAGGCGCCUGCGGCACAUCUUGCGAGUAAAACUGGCCCAGAGCCAAACUUGGAAGAGUUUUUAAACAAUUUGUACAAUAAAUCUGGUGUAAUGACAAACACUGCCACAAAACAGCCUCCCGCCGAAACUGACGUCAAAAAGCGACGUAAUAAAAAAGCUAAAGCUUAAUAAAUAACCUAAAAGUCUAUGAACCGUUGCCUUGAAAAAUAUUUCUAUUGCAAAUACAAAGCUAUAUUGACAUUUAACGAUUGCAAUUUAUAUUGAAAGUUCUUAAAAAUAUCGAAUAUUUUUCUUUAUGUCAUAAUAAUGAAGUUUUGACAUUUUGUUACUCCUCGUUUUAGUUGCUAGUUCUCUUUUUUAUUAACAUUAAUUAUCUGUGUGAUGAGUUUCUAAAACUUUUUGUCUGUUUUAGUUUUAUAAAAACUGAAAUAUACUUUAAUUACAAUUGUAAUGUUUUCAAUGAUCAUUGUACAAUAAAUUAGUCAUAUUUUGAUUUACAGACUUCAAAAAAUCGA